AUGCAGUGGAAGCUGGCAUUGGCAGUCUUGGCAGACAUGCAUGGCUUUCCAGACUCGGCAUGUUUCUCCGCGGCUCUGACCGCAUGCGAACAUGACAUGGAAGCGGCUUGCAUUUUGGACGAGAUCGCUUGUACUCUGGGAACCAGCAUGUGUCACAAAGCCGGUGAAUGGCGCAAUGCUCUUGCCGUUUUCGACGGGCUCAUCAAGAAGCAGGUUUCGCCCGGUGAAGCGAAUUUUGGAGCUGCACUAAUGGCUUGCGCAGAUGGUGGGGCCUGGGUGUGCGCUGAUCAGCUGCCCACGCCGUUGGGCAACGACUUGGCCUUGAAGCUGCGUAUGAAUUACUCGAGAAACUCCGUGACCGCUGGCAAUCCAAGCACUCCAGCAUUGAUGCAGGGCAGCUGGCAAGUACAAUCGAGGCGGUACCCCACAGGAACGCGCUUCCUGCAAGAGUUUCCUUUCCCGAUGUCUCCAGGCGAAGGUGCU